UAUGAUGCUGGCGUUUGUUCUGCAUCUGGAGAUGAUGUAUACUACUGAAACAUACGAAAGAUUAUGGAAAUCAAGUAUCCGGGCAUGGUUGGAUUGCGCUGUACUGUUUUCUAUUGUGAUUGGUAUGACAACACUCCAGAUCGAGGUGUGAGAACAGAUGCAUUUGGUGUUACAUCAGUACAUUCGAGGCGAAAGUUGCAAUAUUGUGAUCCUUUCAUUCUUGCUUCUCAGGCCGAUCAGGUUUGUUAUAUCAAGUACCCCCGGGUUAGGAACAGAGAUGAUCCAUGGGUCACUGUUACAUCACUCAACCCGAUAGGCCGAGUUCAGGGAAGUUCUGAGCUGGAAGACCCACUACAACCAAGCACAUCCGGUAACUUAAGUGCAUCAGAAGAUUUAGCUGCAGUUGGCCUUGUAGUCGAUUUAACCGACUUUGGAGAGGAAGCCGUCGUUCACGUAGAGGAUGAACCAGAGAUUGGAGAGUUUCACCAAGAUCCAGAUUCAGAUUCAUCUGGUGAUGAUGACUCGGAAACAGAGUAGCAUCGCCCUUUUUUUUUUAAUAUAAGAAUACCGAGGAAAUUCCGAGGGAUAAUAGGAUUUAGGGAUUUCCUCGGAAUUUCUUCGGAAUAGUCCGAGACUUUUCCGACGAUUUAGGGCUUUUCUUUUAGGGUUUCUGUUUCCUCGGAAAA